UUUUGUUAACCCUCCAUGUUCCAUCAUAUAUUGGUUUCUUCUUUCUUCUGGUUUUCAUAUGACAUUUCAUAAUGAGCAAACUAUUAUCGAUCAUUGCCGACAGCCUAUCCUUCAAGCUAGAACAAUAAACCAUGUCUCCUUCCUUUAGUGACCAUUACUCUCACAGUUUCGAAGUAUCUGAGAAACUGUGUACAAUUAUUCAGCGGAUCUUCACUUCUACUGUCCAUGUUAGCAAUAUUUCUCCCCUUGACGGCCAUCUCCAUCCACUUUGCGUUAUCUUACUAUCCAAUGGAGCCCAUGUACUUUUGAAGUGUUCGCCGGCGCCGAUGACACCGUUGCUACGGCGAGAGCAAUUCAUGAUUGACACAGAAGCCCGUGCACUCGCUUUACUCAAACAGAGCGGAAUUCCUGGCAUCCCACAAAUCUUCCAUUACAACUCUCGAGGUAAUUUGCGCGAUUCCGCCUUUUUUAUGCGGCAUUAUGUGAUCGGAGCUACACUACAUGAAAUGGAGCCCUGGCUUACUCCCCAGAAUCGGAAAGAUAUUGACCGGCGAUUGGGAGUCUUAGCCCAAAAGAUUGGGCAACAUGUGUCUGACUCCUUUGGGACUCUGGAACAGGUGGCCAGCGGCGCUGGAAGACAAUCGUGGCGAGAGGCCUUUGUUAUCCUCUUUGAAAGCAUUCUCCGUGACUCGGAGGACGUCUUCGUCAACCUUCCGUAUGCCGAGAUAAGGCACCAGCUUAGUCGGUUAUCACCAGCACUUGAAGAAAUUACUUCACCACAGUUAGUAGUAAUUGACUUUGGCCACCCUACGCAAGUACUAGUGGAUCCAGAAUCCAAACAAUUAUCUGGUGUUGUGGACUUGGGCAAAACACUAUGGGGUGACAUCUACAUGGCUGAAAUGUUCGAAGAGCCAUCGUCUUCCAUGCUGGACGGCUUUGGACGAUCGCGGAUGGUAGGAAGCGAGAUGGAAAGGAUACGGCAGCUUUUAUAUGCUUGCUAUCGGUCUGUUGAAAGAGUCACUGUGCAAUACUAUCGGAACCGAGAUAUGAUUGCGGAAAAUGAUGCGAGGAGGCGGUUGACGACGAUAUUGAACAAGAUGGCCGCUACCUGAGGGAUAAACCCGGUUCUCAGACCUACAACGAGGGACUCAUUUCAGGGGGUUGCACAAUACCGGCGUUUAGGUGUCUUUGAUACAAGCUGUGGAUUUCCAACGGGACUCGGAACUACCUGAGGAGAGGUAACCGGAAUGGGAGCAUAGACCUAAUAAAGCUACUCUGGGCGUGAGUACUAGCCUGGAGUACGACAAUACCGUCUCAAUGAGAAGUACUCCCUUUGGUGCUCAGUCGAUUGUUGCUGCCUAGCAGAUCUGGCAAUCACUAUGUCGUACAAAUUCUUGGCUCGACCUUGGGCGCAGUACAGGUUUGCUCUGCGAUUUACAUGAUAG